AUGUACAUUACACACAUUCUCGCUCUCACCGCAUUCGCUUUUCUCAGCGGUGCUGAGCCAAUCCCUGGCGAUGGAGUCGACUGCCAAAAGAAGCCCGAGAGAUGCGCGACGCCUGUCGCCAGCAGUGUGAGCACCAAGCAAGCAAGCAGUACAGUUCCACUCAUGUCGACCACAACGUACACGACAAGCUUUUGCAGCGUCACCGGUUCGGUCGCCCUUCACCACGAAACCAGCUGUCUGUGGGGUUGCGAAACGAGUACCGUCACGGCUGCUUAUACGAUGGAUAACAAGUUCGCUGGACGGGUUUGA